AGCAGCGUAUGUGGCAAAAGUACGUAUGCCUGUUACUCAUUUUGGUCUGUUACUCACUUGCAGAAGAGGAGCAUGCAGGGAAUGAAACACAGACACGAUUUCAGGUAGUUACACUCCGAUGGGCACCGAACGAAACCACUUAUAUCGUCGCCACAUGGCUGCUAAUUGCCGCUAUAUCGAAAAUUUUAUUCCAUUUAUACAAACCGAUUGCGAACGCAUUCCCGGACUCCUCACUACUGAUCGCAGUGGGACUUUUACUUGGGCUGUUACUCAAACAAUCCGGAGCACAUAUUCCUUACUCUCUGAAUGCCCAUGUGUUCUUCCUCUACCUCCUGCCACCCAUCAUUUUUGAUGCAGGUUAUUUUAUGCCGAAUCGAGCCUUGUACGAGAAUUGGGUCUCCGUACUUCUUUUCGCCGUAGUAGGAACCUGUUGGAAUUGCAUAGCUAUUGGAAGCUCGCUACUGUUUCUUUCACGCUAUGGACUCUUCACCGUCGAAUUCUCCACAACGGAGAUUUUCGUGUUUUCUUCACUGAUCUCGGCUGUUGAUCCCGUCGCUGUUAUCGCAGUGUUCGAAGAGAUCAACGUGAACGAAUUUAUAUUUGUGAAUGUGUUCGGUGAGGCUCUAUUCAACGAUGGAGUUACUGUGGUGCUAUAUCAAAUGUUCAAAGCCUUCACACUUAUCGGAUCAGAAAAUCUUCAACCCGUUGAUUAUGCAGCUGGAGUGCUUUCAUUCUUCGUUGUCGCCCUUGGUGGAGCCUGUCUCGGUCUCAUAGGUGCUUUCAUCGUCAGCUUUAUUACCAAGUACACAAAUGAAAUUCGUAUCUUGGCACCUGUAUUUGUCUUCGUCAUUCCUUACCUCGCGUACCUUACCGCUGAAGUCACUUCGCUCUCUUCCAUUAUUGCCAUUGCCGUAUGUGGAAUGUUCAUGAAGCAGUAUGUCAAAGGAAAUAUAACAACCGCAGCUGCUAACUCUGUUAAAUACUUCACUAAAAUGCUAGCACAGUCGGCUGAAACUGUUAUUUUCAUGUUUUUGGGUCUUACUACCAUGGGCGCAGAUCAUCACUGGGAUACGUGGUUUGUGGUUUGUACACUGACAUUUUGUCUGGUCUACAGAACCAUCGGUGUCCUGGUUCAAUGUUUCUUCCUCAACAAAUUCCGACAAAAGCAAUUUUCCAAGGUAGAUCAAGUUAUUCUUGCCUAUGGAGGUCUAAGGGGUGCCAUUGCUUUUGGUCUAGCAAUGUCCCUUCCUCAUUCGAUUAUGGCAAGAAAGAUGUUUUUGACUGCUACUUUGAUGGUCGUAUUCUUCACCGUAAUCCUACAGGGUAUCACCAUUCGUCCCUUGAUCAAAUAUUUGAACAUCAAAACGAAAAGCGAUGAAAAGCCUACGAUGGCUGAAAGCAUUUACAACAAGUACUUGGACUAUAUGAUGUCUGGAGUGGAAGAUAUAGCAGGACAGCAAGGACAAUAUUCUAUCAUGGAUACCUACGAACGAUUCAACGCGAAAGUCCUUCAACCAAUCCUUAUGAGAAAUCAAAAGAAGAAGAACUUUGACGCUUCAACCAUCCUUCGCGCUUAUCAGAAAAUCACACUUGAAGAUGCAAUGAACUUGACAAAAAUGCAAAAAGCUGAACACAAAAGAAUAUCUGCCCUACGAGACGAAGAGUUACGUGGAACGUACAUCAAUAAAGCGUUCGACAGGGAGAUGCAGAAAGAUAGUACGGUCACUCCUCAAUCGAAACAACUGGAAAAGUUCCUUGCCACUGGAGAGAAUGUGGAUAACCUGUACAAAUUGUUCAGUGAGCUAUUGGACAGAAAAUUGAAAGAACUGAAUACAACAAGGGAGCAAGCGAGCGCCGAUGCGGGAGACGACAUUCAGGAUGAUUAUAUGCGGGAAAUGGCUUCAAGCAACGCGGGUUCACGUCAAAAUCUACGACAACUGACCGAUGACACGUUGCAAGUGAAUGAUCCUUACCAAAGAGGCGGUCGAAGACAAAGCACUGGAGGAGUGCAGGAACAAAGGAAAAGCAAAAAUUGGGACGAAAGUCACAACGUCUAAUCAUCAUACUUUCUUCAUUGUAUAGACACCGACAGAGGUGUCGCUUUGAUAACUUCGCGAAUUUCACAGAAAACAGGUGGUAGAAUUAGUUUUGAACUUAUUCUGCAGCUCUUUCCAGAGCUAGAGAGCUCCCUUUUUGUAUUCGUGAUUUAUUACAUCUAUAUCGCAUCCAUGAUGAUUAAUUUAUGAGGUUUUGCUUAAUUGCCAUGUUUGUUGAUCAGAUUUUCUUAACGACUCUUCUAUUACUUAUGGAAGAGAAUAAAGGUACGAUUUGCUC